CGGUCGUGGGCGUGCAUGCAGCAUGCUGCGGCGCCUCGGAGAAUAACCGGGCCAACCUCGUGCAGUCUAAGCGCGACGAGAAAAUAUCCUCGUCUAUAUGGGUUUAAAUGAAUAUUCUACUCGGUUUAACAUUUUUUGGAUUUUUUUUUUAAUAACUAAUUCAUCUUCAUUUUCGUUUUUUACAUCUCGGUGCUCGCAAUAUUUUAUCCACCUCACACCUGCCGUCUCAGGUCAAUCUUUUUUUUUUUCGUUGGUAUUAAUCUUCGAGAUAAAAUAUCAAGAAAUUACAUAAACAACAGACAACGCGUUUUAAUUUUGCGACACCUGAAACUGUAGCGGUAAAAACGCAAUCUGACCGCGCGAUUAAACCAGUGUAAUCUGAUGCCGGGUCUAGGAGUAGACUAUUCACGCGUCAAUCAGUCGAUUCACCCGAAAUUCAACGGAUGAAUCACGAUGUUGUCGCCCAUAUUGAGGCUCCUGGGCGUCCUGGGGGUCCUCCUAGUCCUCGACCCUUCGUUGCCCGCUUCCGGAAGCGUGCCUGACCCUGCGGAGUCCGAAAUGAUCGAGGUGAGCGAGGCCACAACUGCGAUCCCAAAGCGGACACUCCCAGACCGCUGUCUCGUCGGCACGGAGCCCGGGCCCUGCAAGUACUACAUUCACAAAUGGACCUUCAACAAGGCCAGGGGGAAGUGCAGGACCUUCGUGUACGGCGGUUGUCUCGGCAACGAGAACAGAUUCGACUCGGAAAUCGAAUGUCUUCACUACUGCGUCGGUGGUCCGGAUCACACUCUGCCACCCUACAUGGUCACCAAGGGCAGCAUCUUCAUCACCACCAGCACUUCGACCACCGCCGCGCCGUCGCCGACUACCAAGAAAAUCCCACCGCCAACUUUCUCACCGCCGAAACCCACGAAGCCACCUGUUCCGAAGCACAAGAGAGGAAAGGAACUUACCUUCAUGGAAUCUGGUCACGAGAAGACGUUCAUGUUCGCCCAGAACAACACCUUCAUUCAGAUCGAUGGAAGCGGUAUCAAAACUUUUCAGCUAAGGCUGUGUCGUGAGAUAUCGUUCAAAUUUCGAACGAAAUUACCCCACGGCCUACUAGUCUAUCACAGUGUCAAGGAUCGGCCGGAUAGUCUGGAUCCUUACGCGUUGUACGUGAUUGUUGAAAAGGGCCAGCUCAAGGUGGUCCAUGUGUUUGGAAAGAAAUCGACCAGCCUUACCGUUGGCGAAGGUCUCAACAGAGACGAGUGGCACAGUGUUUUAGUAAGGAUCGAUGUUCACGGGGCUAAACUCAUCGCCAGAGUCGAUGAGACGCAAGAGGAAACGAACCUCGAGGUCCUCGAAGCCGAAGUCAAUUACGGAGUCUCCGAAGAGUUGGCUUCCGUCGUACUGAUUGGAGGUUUGAGCUCGGAGGAAAAGCUUCACGGUGUGAAAUAUAUAAUUGAAUCGUUCGUUGGGUGCAUCAGAGACAUGGUAUUGAGUUCCGGCAAAUCGGCGAGCGAUUUGCUGCCCAUAAGACCUCUGAUCGCCACAAAACAUGAGAACGUCAAGGAGGGUUGUGUGGACAAGUGCAGAACACGGGAGAAUCUCUGCUUCGUUGGUAGUCAGUGUGUAAAUCACUAUAACAGCUUGACUUGCGACUGUUUCGGGACGAAAUACGAAGGGGAAAGAUGCGACGUUUACACUGCGACUAUUCUCACACUGAGAGGCUCGUCCUUCGUUUCUUUUCGAGUAUAUGAUUGGAAGGAUCGGGUGCAUUCCUCCGUGAAUAGGAUUAGUCUCGCGUUCAAGACCAGAUGGGACGACUCGGCGUUGUUUUACGCGUCCGGAGAGAUUGAGGGAACCGCUCAUUACGUCGCGGCAUCGAUAAAGAACCGAUCAGUCAACAUCGAGCUGGAUUUCGGCCACGAUUCAAAGAUACAAACAGUGAUGGGCGACGACGUGACGUCGAACCACUGGAACAAUUUGACCAUAUACCACAACGGACCUUUGGUAUUUGUAAGUCUUAACGACGAGUCGAAGGUGCUUGAAGUGCCCGGAGAGAAUUACAACAUGAUCAUUGAUCCCGAAAUUUACAUCGGAGGCGGACCUGAGCUCCACAAAAAAAAGGGACUCGUUUCUCACAAUAACUUUGCAGGCUCGUUCAAGUACGUUUUCUUCAACGACAAGUCCAUCAUAUACGAACUGAAACGGUCGAAUCCGAUGGUCCAUUACAUCGGGAUAUUGGAACCCGAGUAUUAUGAGGCUGACGUCGAGGUGAUACCGAUAACGUAUCCUUUCGCUGGAAGUCACAUUUGGUGGCCGAAUACUCAGUCUAACUCCUUGAAGUUGAAUUUCGAUUUCAAAAGCUCGAAGCCUCUGGCCGUCCUGGCGUCUAGUGAUACCAAGAAUAUCGACGGAAUUGGCUACUGGGAGGUUCGUUUGGUGAACGAUGAAAUUCGUUUUGAGCUCGUUCCAGACGUGAAAAAUAAUGUCACCCACAUAACUUCGGUACAUUUUCCACCUCAUAAUACAUCUUGGCAUGCCGUUGAACUGAAUUACACCAAAGGAGAAUUGAGUUUACAAGUUGAUUACAGAAACAAAAAGAGCAAACUUUUUGCCAUGGCAUUUGAACUUGGUGACAGGGUUAUUAUCGGCAGUGGUAAAACUAACAUGGGAUUGGUCGGUUGCAUGAGGGAAAUCAGAGUGAACGAUCAUCGGAUAGAACCAAGGCACGUUGUCAACACUGAGAGAGUCGUUGGUGAGGUUGCGUUGGACAAUUGUCAGUUCGUAGAUCCAUGCAAGAGGCCGAACAGGUGCGAACACGGUGGCAAAUGUUCCGUAGAAGUGGACAGAAUCACUUGCGACUGCAAAGAGACCGGUUACAGGGGGACAAACUGCCAUUUUGCCGAGUAUCGAAAAACUUGCGAGGAAUUAGCCCUUCUGGGAUACACCAAGGACGAUGUGUACCGAAUCGACAUCGACGGAAACGGUCGAUUUCCCCCGGCGCUUGUGAAGUGCGAAUUUCAGUCCAUCGAAGACUCGACGAAGACCAUCGUCGAGCAUAAUCUUCCCUCUCAAGUGGACGUCAGGUCUAUUGACCAAAAGGAAGACUUCUCGUACAGCAUUAAGUACCGGGAAUUCACAGCCGAAAUGCUACAGGAGUUGAUAUCUCACUCGUUGUACUGCAGUCAAUAUCUCAAAUACGAUUGUUACAAGGCGCCCGUUGAACUGCACAGUGCUACUUGGUUUCGGGGGUCCAAAGGCGUCACUGUCGACUACAUUGGCAAUGUUAGUCGCGGCUCUUGUCCUUGCGGAAUGAACAGAACAUGUGUUAAUCCCAAACUCAGUUGCAAUUGUGACGUUUCUGCCGGUAAAUGGCUUUCCGAUGAAGGUUACUACGAGACUCCUGAAUCGUUGGGAAUUACAGAAUUGGUGUUUCUCCAGCAAAGUGACUUGGACGUUGAUGCUCGGGGUAGAAUUACUCUGGGACCUUUGGAGUGCGUCGAAACAAACACACAGAAGUAUGUCGUUACCUUCACAACGUCACAGUCUUACAUCGAAGUACCAGGUUGGCGGAAAGGUGACAUAGCCUUCAGUUUUCGAACGACGGGCGAAAAGGCAAUCUUGCUCUAUCAGCCACCGAUAAGGAGCAACUAUCCGUCGUUCAUGGUCGCUUUGACAUCGGACUAUCUAUUGACAUUCAAUUUCACAUUGAAUACUGGACAGUGCCGUGAAAUCGAGGUUAAAAGCCGGAGAAAACUCAACAAUGGAGAAUGGCAAAAGAUUUGGAUUGAUUAUAACGACUAUCAUGUCAGGUUUAUGAUCAACACCGAUUCUGAAAUGGUCGAUUUACUGUCCGAGGAGGAGUUUGGACCUUUUGAAGGGUCCAUGUUUAUCGGUGGUGCGACCGCAGAACACCUCAAAACCUCUUCCGUACGACAGGGGCUUAUCGGAUGCUUUCGAGGUUUGGUUGUAAAUGGUGAAAUUUUAGACAUACACAGCUACAUGUCCGUUCAUCUUUCCGAAAUAAUUAAGGAUUGCAAGCCUUCCUGUCAACCGAACAAAUGUCAAAAUGGUGCCAGAUGCGUUGAACUUUGGAGCAACUUUGAAUGCGUUUGCAAAAACAAAUGGGCACACCUGGGAACCUAUUGCGAAACGAAUAUAAAUAACGCUGCACUGACGUUCACGUCACCGGAGGCUUUGGUGAAGAAAAAUUAUAUCAGUAACGAAGAUGACGAGGAGAAACUUCUGCUAAAGGGAAUGUUUCUGGAAAAUAUAUUGAUCAACAUUAGGACGUACGAUGCGAAUUCUUUAAUUCUGUACGCGAAUGAUCAUUUGAACAAUUUCUUGCACCUUUACAUUUCGAACGGGACCAGUAUCGUAUACCUUUUCAAUUCUGGUAAUGAAAUAAGAAACGUUACCGUCGAUUAUCCAGGUGCUAGUACCGGCGAUUCGGUGCAAAUAGCCAUUAUCAGAACCGAAAAGAACACGACUGUUCAUGUUAAUGAAGCCAACGUCACUCUCGACGCGGUUCCAAUUUUACUGAACUCGUACUCUAACAAGCCUUGGAUAAAUCCUGAGAAAGAGGUUCUCGCGCCCCAAAGACCGCCGGCUCCACCGACCAGCUAUUUUCAGGUGAACCUCGGCGGUUUUGAUCCUGACAACUUACUCAGAGUUGGUAAAAAAGGUGAGGCGAUCCAGGGAUAUGUUGGCUGUCUCCGGGGUCUGAGGAUCGGCGAGUAUUUGGUCCCCUUGCCUCAAUUGGCGAGCGAGGCUUACCAAGAAGGUAGCAAAGGCUUAAUAGCGAAUUGUCACAUGAAAUGCGACGCUGCACCCUGCAAGAAUCUCGGUAUAUGCACGGAGGAUUUCAGGAGACAGGAGUCGUCUUGUAAUUGUGAGCACACCUCGUAUUUUGGGGAGAAUUGUGCCGAAGAAAAGGGUGCCGAAUUCAGUGGUGAAAGCGUUGUUCAGAGGGAGUUUGAUCUGGAUGGCGAAGUGAAUCAGGUAAAAAUACAAUUGGCGUUCUCCAGCAAUGAUUUGAGGCAAAGAACUAUGGCACUGUUGCUUCUGCAGACUGAAAACAAAAGAAGCUACUAUUUACUCGUUGCUUUAACAUCCGAGGGUCAUCUGAUAUUCGAAGAGGACAGAGAAGGCUCUGCCUACGCUGUUCGCAUCAACGACAGAAACUUUUUGAAUGGCGCAAGGCACAGUGUUUACUACGAGAGAAAUAAUAACACGACAACGCUGCUGAUCGACAGGGAGGCGAUUCCGUUGUCAAAUCCAGUUUUGAGUUUCGCCGCGGACAAUGAGUCAAAUCUGGAUAAUCCUGGAGGAGCGAAUGAAAUACAAUUGGGCGGUUUGAACACCACAGAUCCCAGAUUCACCGCUUACAAGGGAUACACCGGUUGUCUUAGCAAUGUCGUUGUGUCGAUAAAUGGUGGCGCUGUUAUGAAACCACUCGAGGAAUACAUGCUGUUCACCAAAACUGGUAGCGAUACUGUCAGGGCCACAAUGCCAGCUGGUGUUCGAAGCGCUCAGUGCGCCGCUUUUCACGUACAACCCAGAGGUCUCGAACCCCCAAGGAACGAUAGCGUGGGUCGAGAUAAGGCUUGGGUCGAGGAACCUCCGGAUCGCGUUGUUUACAAAUCCCAGCGCUCCGACGAAACGAAGAAGGAACAGGGCGCAGGGACUUACGUCUUUAUUGCGCUGUGCAUUAUCCUCGCUGCUGCGGUGAUGGGCUGUAUUUAUGGGGUUUGUAGAAGUGCCCAUAAAGACAGACAGAACAGGGCCAGAGACGCCGAGGAUAUUGCAACUAAUUCGCAAUCAAGGUGGCAAGGCGAUUCCUAUGAUGUUCCGGCCGUCCCUCCCACCUCGACAGCCGUAAAAACCGUCGGUUUUAAGACCGUCGAAACGGAGGAUGAGAAAAAAUUGAACGGUACACAUCACGCCAAGCCAUUGGCAACAAAGGAUUAUAAAACCAUACCAAAUGUCGAUACGAAAAUCGACUUGUUGCACGACAAGAAAACGCAUUUCAAAGCAGAUGAGGAACACGAAAAGAAAGAACUGCUCGGGGUAAAUACCGCCCUGGUCUUUAAAUCUCCGAAACCAAAUCCAUUCUCGAUGGAAGAUCUCAGGGAGGAACCGGAACUCGAAGAAUGCGAAGAGGAACAAGAAGAGGAAGACAACGAAGAGAUCAGCAGCACCGCCAGCAACAGUACCGAUAGAAGCAGAAACAGCGUUCCAGAUGAUGAUAUUCUAGUGCGACCAGCACCGGUAAGAAACUCGUCAUCGGUUAGAAAAUCAUUUUACGAUCGUGCAGCAGAUAAUGGGGAGAGUUUUAUUACUGCCGGCGCUGAAACUGACCAGCGUUUCGAAACUAAUGAUGUAUUAUAUCCGGAAAUGAAGAUGCUGGAGACGAAUUUUUCCGUCACUGGUAUCAAUGAAAUUCAGACCAAGUACGUCUCGGCGAAAAACCGGCCAUUCGAUUCUAUCAACAACCAAAUUCGGGCGAAUAACAACAACAAAAAUAUUCAUGUACAACGAAGACCUGUUAGCUUCAAUUUACAGUAUGAUUCACGAGAAGGGAAAUUGUAGUCCAGAUCGAAAAUCAGAGGACCCUCACAAAGAGGAUAUUUAGAAAUCCGGUGAGCUAUCAGGGAUGUCCGAAAUUUAAAACCAGUGCUGCGAACAGAUUGUCCAUCGAGUCAGUUUUGUCCCUGGAUUAGCGGUACUGGACCGAUUUGUUUGACAACCAAUUAAAACGACGAAUGUAGUGAGAGGACAGUACCUAUGAAUAUUGUAAGGAACAUAGUUGUGUAAUUUUUGGAUUAUUUAUCUUAGAAAAAUUAUACUUCAUUACAUGUAAUGUAUGUUGUACAUUUGAAAAUGUUUUGUAAAUAUUUCAAAGAUGACGGAUACACAGAGUGAUGUAUGAAGAUUUACUCAUUGCUGAAAAAUUCUGGAAAAUAUAAUAUUUACACACCGCAUUUGACAUGUAUUUAUUCUAAUCAAGAUUUGACGAGAUAAGAAUAUCGGCGUUGACGAUCGACGGAAAGUUUUUAGCGACUUUGUUGAUUAGUAUA